AGGUUUCGCAAAGAUCGAGUCGCCUAGCGAGGGGAGUCGAGAAAAUCAGACACCAAGAAAGGAAAGAAAAAAAAAGAAAAGAGAAAGAGAAGGGAGGCAAAGACUGGAGUACCGCAUCGAGCCCUCACAAUUGUCUCGCACGCCACAGACCGCCGCGCCGCAGACGCUCGGUCGCUGCAAGCGGGCUAUAUCCUGUAUCGCAGGGGGGCUACAGGGCCUGUCGCAGCGGUUGGUUCGAUUGAUUGAUUGAUUGAUACGUCAACGACUGGACGCGGGAGCCCGUCGUGUCCGUCUGGGGAUGCAGCGAACAUUGAGCUUCCGCGACGCCCACCUCAGCCCUCCAGUACUCGAAUUGGCGCUCCCAAUGAGGGACUGACCCCAGCGAGCCACGGCCACGUCUGAGACCUCGAUCCAUCCGUCCCUCCUCGCUGCGUCUGGCCCAGCCUGCGGAACGGGCAGGUGCAUGCCUCACCCUCGACCUCGACGCCGAGCCCGCGCGAGCCCUCGACCGCCGUCCUCGCUCCCUCCACCUCCAUUCGUCGAGCACCCACCCCCACUGCUCGAUGAGCCAGGCGACGCACGACAUCCCUCGGUCGUCUACCCCUGUAUCACACAUCCCUACGUACAUGCGCAGCACUGCCUCGCGAUAGGCCGACGCCACCAUGCCCGGACCGGCCGACAAGAAGAAGAAGGGCGCCGGCGAGGGCAGCUCAGGGGCCGCCCCGGAUGCGCCCUCGUCGGGUCAGGCCGUUGCGAAAGCGUCUGCCCCAAAAGCAAGCGCGGCCCUUGGCGGCGAGGGAAUGCCGCUCAUCAUAUGUCGCAAUAAGCACUGGCGCUACAUCUCGUCCUUCCACGGCCCCUGGCUUAAUCUGCCGCUGGAGGCGCUCGAGUCGCUCGCGCACUCCAACUUCAACAGCCCCCGGCCCAGGCCCAUCGACGUCGGCAUCUUCUUCGACCUGGUCAAGAUCCGCAAGCUGGUGGGCGAGGCCACCCCGCUGACGGUCAACGCCGCCAACGGCUUCGGGCCCGGCAAGAUGAAGCUCUCGCACGAGCGCAAGCACCGCAUGCGCGACCAGGCCACCAAGCGCCUCUCUCAGGCCUACUACAUCGACGAGAUCGCCACCAGCGUGGCCAUCAUGCAGGGGACUACCAGCCUGGAGAACGUCGCCGAGUACGUCCUGGACAAGAAGCGAGACGAUCUGGACGCAAAGUACGUGCACUUCUUCCACGAGAAGAUACCCUCGCGCCACGUCGUCGAGUCGACUCCCUUCGACCCCCUGAACGACAUCAUAGCCGCCAGGCCCAUGGAACCCGAGCCCUUCCGGACCAGGGCUGUCCUGCGCGUCUUUGCUGAGGACUACGACGGCGCCGUUGCAGACUUGACGGCUGCCAUGCAACUACUGCGCUACAACGGACCGGCGCAUAACUCGCGGGACGACCUAGAGGGCCCCACACUGACCCCGGCGGGGCGCCGGCCCCCAGAGCUCAAGCUAGCCGACGACGAGCAGCCGACGAGCCUGGAGAUGCAGUUGAUGUUCCAGCGGGGGUCCGCGUACUUAUCCAAGGCGUGCCAGUGUGUCUAUGCUACGCUUCCGACACCCGAAAAAUCAGAGACGGGCAACAGCGGCACCGCGGGUGGCCAGGUCUCACCGGCCACGGCGAGCGACGAGGUCGUUGCCCAGGCCAUAGCCCAGGGCGCUGGCGAGAAGGCUGCGACAGCACCCGCGGCGGAGCUCAGCCCGCAGCAGAUGGCGGCCCGCAAGUUGGUCAAGACUAUGGCAAAGCGAGCCCUGAGGGACUUUAUAGGCUUCCUAGACCACCUGGAGUAUUCCCCCGAGUACCCGCUCGAAGAUUUCGACGAGUUCGCCCGGAAGCACCGCGCGGCCACCAGGUAUGGAAAUCCCAACGUCGCGCCAGCCGCAACCUACAAGAACCACAAGCUGUACAAGCUUUCUACAUUGUUCGAGCCUACACCACCGGCAGGACUGCCACCAUAUCCACCCACCCCGGAGCAAACACAGCAGGACCAGGCGCAGCAGCAACAGCAGCAGCAGCAGCAGCUAGGGCCAGGCGCCGCUCCUGCAAAGCCCACAACGGCUACGCCGCUCGAGAGCGUGACAUACCAUCCACUUCUGACGGACGCUAUGCACGCCGUGCUCCUCUGCCACUGCCUCCUGGGGACCAAUACCAAGGAGCUUCAGCGCCACGCCUACAUGGUGGCGCGUCUAUCCCGUGUCGCCGACGGCUACCCCAUAUUUCAGGCCAGUCGCAGCCCAGCUCGGGCUGACUGGAUGGAGGUGUUGAGACGGCUCAGCGGGGCAGACUGGCUCCCCCUCCAGAGUGGGUGGGAUGCCUUGUGCCGACCCCCGCCUCUAUACGUCGGCGUUCCGCCUAGCGGCGCCGCUCCAUCCCCGUCGGCGACUCGGCCGCAGAACACUGAUGGGUUCAACCCCUCUCUGGCGCCAACAUCCCCAUACGGCGCGACACAAGCCCCCGCAUCUCCGUAUGGCUCAGGGGCGGGCGACCCAACCGUGAGGACCCCCGGAAUGGCCAGCGCACCUGUCAGACGAUGGGACGGGCUUGACGAGGACGCCCGCGAGUACCCAAUAUGGACAGAGCGCGCCGCGGCCAUCGUGAGGUGGCUCAGGGAAUCGCCGUCGCUCCCGCCCCUCCCGCCGAGCGGAGGCGGCAAGAAGAAAAAGAAGGUCGUAAAACCAACGGCACCGCCAGCCUGAACCGCGUAUUGGAUUCUUUCUGUAAACGAAAUGCCAGAGGGAGAGAAAGCUGCAUGUCGGAUCGAGACUAAGCAACGAUUGCAAAGGGAGCAUUGGACAUGAUAUAGACACGACGGGUGUUGCAUAUGUGCCUGUGGAUACCGACUGCUUGAUGCUUUGUUUAAUUAAUAGAUAUCUCUUGGGAUACCUUGGCGCGCGAGGGCGAGGAGCACCAACCAGUAGACUAGAUGUUCACCGAGUAGAUGUGAUAUUAUGGUGUUGUG